AUGGACAUCUAAGACUUACUUCUCCCAAUAAUGCUAUUGAACAUUUUUAUCUUUUUGGCUUUUACCACGUUGGCAUCAAUCAUGCUCUUCAAGUUUAGACUUAAAGUUGAUAAAUCUUCACUUACUACAAUUGCAGUACUAAUAGUAAACUUCGGAAUGACUACUUAUUCUUGGCAUAAGAAUUAUAAAACAGAGGGUGAACGAGUAAUUCCUCCAACUGAGACCUAAUUUUGGCUAGAAUCAUUUUUUUCAUUGAUUCCAACCUUCCUAUUCAAGUCUCUCAUCAUUUUCUUUGUAUUCGAGAUGAGAUAAGUUUACUUAAAGGUUAAAAUAGAUUCUUGUGAAAAUUUCAAGAAAGCAUUGAAGAAAAAUGUAGUAAUUAGGAAUAUAAUAUUCAUUACAUAUUUAUGCCUAAUGCCCCUCUUUGAUGCAUUGGAUAACUAAGUAUUAAUUUCAGUAUUUAUCAUUAGAGAACUUAUUGAUACAAUCAUUGCUUACUUAAUUAUGAGCUAGUUUAUAUUUUUUGUCAAUCAAAGAUUGGACAGAUUCUAGAGAUCGGGUAAAAGUCCUUGUUUAAAAUUUAAACUAAUAGUAUUGUGGGUUCUAUUUCUAAUAACUAUCCAAUACCUUGACACAAUAAUGAGUAAAUUGAUUCCAAUCCUGAUAUGGAAGGUAGAAUUCUUGCAGAACUUCACCUUUAGUGCCAUAUAUGUCUUUGUAUUCGAAAGUCUUAUGAAUUUUUUUACCGCAAUUACGAUACUAUACCUAUUCUAUAGUUAAGCAAUAUAUGGUAGAAAGGCUUAAUAGCAAAAGAUUAGAUAUUUUUCUUUAAUAAGGACUGUAGAUAAUAUGGAAAUUAUGAACAUGAUGGAUAAAAGCAAUAAUUUCAAACUUAAAUACGAUUCAGAUGAGCAAUCUAGCAAAUUAAGAAGUGAUUUUCUAAAAUCAAAGGCUAUUAGCAACAACUAAAAAUCAAUAAAAAAGUCAUCAUGCCUAUAUAACGAUGAAAUUUUUCAUAGAGAUUUUAUAUCCUCUAGCGCUAAUCAAGAUGGAGCUACAAUGUUUGAAGAUUCUUCAUCUGACGAAGAAGAUGGCUACGAUAAUGAUUUCAAAAACUUUCUUGGAUACUACAUUAAAAAGCGUUGA